AUGGAGCAUCCAACACGGACAGAACAUGCUCACGGCAAUGAUAGUAACAAUUGUGAUGGGUCUCGCCCGAAGUGUACCGUGUGCAUCAAUCUGGACCUGGAAUGCAUCUACACGCCAUCCAGUACAUCGACCAACGUGAUUGUCAGAAAAGACGGGCUUGCCGUCAAGAACAGGCCCGACGCACCACCAAAACUAGCUCAAAUAGGAGCCUUGGCAAACAUCGCGGACAUUGAAGAUUCGGUGGAUGCGAUGGGCACUGUCGUUUUUGCCGACGAAGAAGACUGUGGAUUUUUUGGCCCAUCAUCAAACAUCGCCUUUCUACGUCAUUUGUCUCAUGCGGUAUCAUAUAAUGCCAGCUCCCCAGCGGUGGCUAGUUGCUCUUCACCUACUGGGAAUAUAUCGUUGGACGGUGGCUUUGUCAACGCCUCUCGCCCUCCGUCCCCAGGAUUCCGUAAUAUUGAUCUCACAUCUCGGAAACAAGAAGAGACAGACAUCUUUGCACUUCCCUCUCAUGAGGAAACUUCCCAGCUUGUGCAUAAAUAUUUCACCGAUACAGGCAUUCUUUUCCCAUAUAUCUACCCUCAUUCCUUUCUUGAAACAUACCGAGGUAUGUCGGAAAAUAAGCUCAAGAUUAGAAGGACCUGGCUUGGGCUGCUAAACAUGAUGCUUGCAAUGGUCAAGAUUACUGCUCCUAGUGAGGAGCCAGCAGCACAACGCAUUGCCACGGCCGAUGUGUUUUACAAGCGGGCUUUGGGCUUAUGUGGCAAGGAGAUGUUGCGGGGGACCACUCUGGAAGUGGUUCAAUAUUUGUUGCUCAUGGGCCAAUACAUGCAAGGCACCCAGAAAUCGGUUCAGGCGUGGACUGUUCAUGGGUUGGCUGUAAAAGCCGCCCUUCAGCUUGGCCUUCAUUCCAAAAAUGCUUCGAGGAUCUUCUCGCCACAGGAGCAAGAAAUUCGAAAGAGGACAUGGUAUGGUUCUCUGGCUCACAGCUCCCUCUCCGCUAGAACUUUAAGCAUGACCCUAGGACGGCCAGCGGCAAUACCUGACAGUUUUGUUAGGCUUGACCUUCCAACAAAUGAUAUCAACGGUGAUGGUCCUACAGAGAUUCCGAUUGUGGAUAGCGAAACUUUCCAAAUGAGCGUGGACUUCUUCAACUCCACAAUUUUACUAUAUAAGCAGCUCUUCAAGAUUGUUGACCUACUUUAUGGUCAGAAUCUCGGCUGCGAUCCACCUCUCACGGUCGGCGAGAGUGUUAGGCACAUCCUUUCAGCUGAACAGCAUUUGGCUGCCUGGGAAAAAUCCCUUCCCCAACUCAUUGAACUUAUAACAGUAAAGAAAAUACGUGACGCCAAUGGCGAGAUGCCUGACCGACCCCGGUUCUACUCUUUGAAGUUCAGUGUUAUUCUAACUCUUCGGUAUCUUCACCUCCGCAUUCUCCUGCAUCGCCCUAUUCUUGUGAAGUUUUUGGAUGCCUGCGGAAAAGGAAGCAUUGAUCCUCACGAAGAAAGAUUACUACAGCAGAUUGGAUUUAAUAGUAUGCGAAUUUGCAUGGAAUCUGCCAUGAGCAUUAUCGAUAUCAUUCACGAACUAGUGCACUCAUCGGGGUGGCGAAAAAGCCUCCUUGGCGCAUGGUGGUACUCUCUGUAUUACACAUUUCAUUCGGCCUUGGUCCUUCUCGGAACAAUUUGGGUUGGUAGAAAUGGCCAGCCUGCUACAACUUCACUCUCUUGCGAUAUCGAUAAAGUUGUUGCCUACCCCAGCCAAGCAAUUUCGACACUUCACAAACUAGAUUGCGGCAAUCGUAUUGUCGAUCGGUGUAGAUAUUACCUCGAACAGUUCCACGACGCACUCAACCCACGAGCAGAGGAAGCGGAUAUGGCCCACACUGAGAAUGGUACUUCUCUUAUGGACAGCUCCGGGUCGAAUACGCAGAUUUCGCCGCUGGGCCUGGAGUUCGGUGAGUUCAUGAUCGACGGAGAUUUCUGGACGUUGAUGAAUCAGCAAAGACCUUUUCCAAGCGAGUGA